CAAGAAUCUUUUUAUUUCUUCUCUCCACGCUCUUCUCUCGCAGUCGAUCUGCUCCACGCUCGUUUUGGCGGGACCCGCGCGUCUCUCUGCUUCCUUCCUUUGUUCCUUUCCUCCCCAUCCACGUGUGUUUCUCUUCGCAACUUCCCUCCCUGCCCAAGUCUUUUCCUCUCUUGUUCUCUUUAUCUUUGUCGUUCUCGUUCCUUCUCUCUUUGUCUCGUCGCGCUUGCUCCUCCAAAACAGCGCGCUCUGCUGACACACCGCCCAUCUUUUCCUGCCAUCGCUGCCUCCGUGAGGAACCUCCAGUGAGAAACAGAGUUCGUCCAAGUCCACGCUUCUGGUCUCGUCCUCGAAUUCUCCUCCUUCUCUCUCGAGAGGUCUGUCGCUUUCUUUUCUUCCCUAGAGCUCGGACGCUAGCUCUUUCUCUUCUCUCGUCUUUUUCUCCAGCCCUGUCUCUGUCUCCUUCCUUGACCUCUUCUGCGUGCUCUUUUCCGUCUACCUGCCCUGCGUCCUCCUCUGCUCCGCUUGUCUCUCUCUUUCUCUCUAUCUUUCUCUCUUUCUGCGUCUCUCUCGCCGUUCACUCUCGGUCGCAAGUGUCCAGUGUCUCUGAUGAAGAAGAAGAAGACAGGGUCGGGGCGCGCCGCGGCGUCGACGCGCGCGUUGCUUUCUGCGGGGGGGAAGCAAGGCUCUCGCGCAGUCGUGGCGCUGACCGCUGAGACGCAGCGCGUUCUUCUCCGCGAACGGACAGGCUCCAGCUCGAGACGCAUCGUCGUCUCUCCAGGGACAAAGACGGCGCUCCUCGCUGUGGCGCCUGCCGAGCAGACCGCGGAGACAGUUGAGGCGCGGAAGGCUCGCCUUCUGGGCAUGUCUCUCGACGCCCUGAUUCGCGACGAAGCGAGAGAAAAGCAGACUCCCCUGCUCCCGGUCCCCCCUCGGCACAACACCCCAGGGCCUCUGCGCCUCGCACAGGCCCGAAGUGUCUCCUUGAGACCCGCGGAGAAGGCCCAAGGCUCUUCGGGCGCCACGGACGCGAAGGGAGGCGGCGCUGCGGGGCGGCUGUUUCGACAAGCGAUUGGGCGCGGCGGGGAGUCUGCUGGCGAGCGGGAGGGAGACGCCGGGAGCGGCCGAGGCGGCGGAGACAACGCGGGGCGCCUGCGGGUGGCAGGUGUCUCCGCGACGCGGGACGCAGGCCCGCGGGGGGUCGAGAGAGCGCCGCCGCCUGGGGCGUCCGGGGAAUCCUCUCGCCGGACGAGCAUCGAAGAAGGACUUGUCUCUGACGAAGAUGGACUGGAGCGUCCGAGACACACGCCGCGGUGCUCCAGAAAGCUCACCGCGCCGAAGGAGACACCCCUCUUGAACGGCGGCUGGACCUCUGGGCGCGUCUGUCUCUCGCCCGCGGUCGGAACUCAGCGCGUGAAGCUGGUGGGCCGCGACGAGAUCGACGAGGAAGCUGGGCAAGGCCCGACGCAGGACGAGGGCCCCCGGAAAGUCGUCUUGACCGACGGGGCGAGGGAAGUCAUGCAGAGUUGCCGAAGUGGAAGAGUUCGACUUCAAGGAGAAGAGGAAGAGGAGGGAGAAGAGGAAGAAGGAGAAGAGGGAGAAGGACAGAGAGUGCCGGAAGGGAUCGAAGGAAAGUCGCAGAGAGCAGUUGAGAGGGAGACUGGCGCGAAGACGGAGAAAGAAGUGAGACACUCGCGGGAGGCCGAGACGCGGGCAGCACGCGCAUGUCUUCAGACUGCAGCGAAAGCCGCCGCGUUGUCUUCUGCGUCUCCUGCCUUCCCGCGGAGUGCGAACGCGCGCCAGGCGACAGCGGAGCGCCAUCCCGCGGGCCUCGGCCCCGACGCCCAGAGACCAGGCUCCACGUCGCGAACUGUUGCCUGCCGAGAAACGGAGACAGGCCUCAAACAAGGACUCAAAGAAGGACUCAAACAAGGACUCAAACAAGGACUCAAAGAAGGCCCCAAACAAGGCCCCAAACGAAGCCCCACACAGGUGCCUAAGGGCCCCGAGCAGACCCGUUCAGGCUCUGCGUCUCCGCGGGGUCCGCGCGGCGUGGAAGGCCCUCAGCCAGAGGGAGACAGUGGGGAGCGUCGGGGAGACACUUCGGCUGCAGUCGCGAGGGGCGGCGAGUCCGCGCAUGCAGUUGCUGCGGAGAUGCGGAGAGACGAAAGAACGCCGGGCCCCGCAGGGCGCGUCACGUUGCCGGCGGAGGGCGAAGGCCCGCGGCGAGUCGUGAGGCGCGAGUCUGGGGCAAAGACGCGAGGAGACACGCCUGGGUGCGCGCCGCGGGCAGCUGAGCAAGACGCGGUCGGGCCAGCGCUGCAAGCGAGCCGGGGCGAGGGGAUCAGGCGAGGAAGAAGUCUUUCUGAAGAAGGCUCGCGAGGGCGACCCGCGGCCGGCAAGACUCGCCGUAGGUCGCCGUCGGUCUCCGAGGAGGCGUCGCGACGCGCGAGAGAGGGAGCGCAAAUCCGCAGAGACCAACCGGGAGAUUAUCGGAGACAGGAGAGAAGCUCGAGGGCGAGAAGUCGAAGCGUGGAGGCUGCGCAGACAGGGCGCGAAUCCAGAGAGCGCAGUCGACUGUCCCCGCGCGCUCCCAGGGGCCAGGACGGUUUCCGCGCCGAGGGUCCACUGCGCGGGAAGGGAUCGCCGCGUGGAAGUCAACUGGCGGCUGCUGGCUCCGAGGAACUCACUCUGGGGCGCGAAAAAGAGAGAGCGUCUGGCAAACGGACUGCGAAGGGGAGCGCUGCGUCACCGGAGCGGCGAGGCCGCGAAGUGGAUCGGGGACGGACCCAAGGUGGGCGUGAAGACUCGCGAGCUGGCCGCGGAGACCGAGCCGGCUCGCCCUCGGCGCGAAUCGUCAUUCUCGCAGAGACAGGCUCCACAGCUGAAGAUGUUACGAACCGAGAGGGCGCACAUCCGACGAGGAAGCGAGGCCGGAGCCCGUCCGGGCCUCUCGAAGAACCGAACGGCGCAGAGAGGCCGCGGCCGGCUGCUGCCGGAAGGACUCGAGGGAGGUCACCCAGGGCAAGCCAAUCGCUGUCACGAGACCCGUCUUUGGAGCCGAAGCGGACGCGUCGGGACGCAGACUCGCCGCCGCGGCGCGAACAAGACAGGCGACUGAGCGUGAGCGUCUCGAGGGAGCGGCGCAGGGCCCGCGAGUCCGCGCGAAGUCCCCGUCGAGAGCGAGAGACCCGCGGUUACGGAGCUCUGGAGCGCGAGAUGUCUCCACGGAGAACGUGGCGGAGCCCCAGUCGCGGGCGAUCGUUCUCUGGGGCGUCUACGGGGCCGCAGAAGCGACGGGCCUUCAGUCCGCGCCGGGAGGUGUCGAGGUCCCCGCGAGGCCCGCGAAGAUACGCCGAUUCCCCAGGUCACCGGCGCGAGAGGAGCCCAAUCAUGAGACCACUAAAGCGCGGCGCGGCUCCUAGGGGCCCGCGCAGUGUCUCCGUGUCUCCGGGACCCGUCCGGGGCCGCGUGGCGCGUCGAAGAAGUCCGAGAGGCUACCGCGACUCGCGGACCUUCGACCGGAGCAGCUCCGACUCACGCCGGUGCAGCCGCAGCUGGAGCCUGAGUCGGAGCAGAGACCGAAGACCCGUUCGACGGAGAUCGUUCUCCUCCUCACUGUCUCCCGGCGGUCGCUCGCCGUACUCGAGCCGGUCAGUGUCGCCUGAGCCACGGCGCAAGGCCCCGUCCACGGGGCGCAGAUUCCGGAGCCGCUCGCCGUUUGAGGACUUCAGCCGCGGGCCGCGCGGCGCGCCUCCAGAGACAGGUGUCUCCUCCCGGGGCCUGCACGAGCCGGUGGGCUCCAGAAGCCGGCGCGGCAGGCAGUUCGAGGUCCGAGGGCCCUCGUCAGGCGGCGGGGCCGCGCCGGUGGUUCUGCGGACGCGGCGUCAACGCGAAGAGUCGCAGGAGCCUUUGCGAGCCUCGCGUCGCGCGCCGUCUCCGGUGCCCGUGGUGCUCGCGCCUCCGACUGGCCCAGCUCCGCAGAUCGCCAUUCUCCGCCCGCGAGGGGUCCCGGAAGGCCCAGCGGAGCGCCGGGGAUCGCUCGCGGGCCACAGAGAGUCCGAGAGAGAGGAGACGCGACACUUCGAGGAGCGACGCCGCGAAGAAAGGAGACACUUCGAGGGCCAGCGCUUCGGAGACAGUUUCGGGCGCGGGCCGGCGCCGGGCCCAGACGACUCGCCGCCACGCGCAUGUGGGGACUACCUGCUGGGCAGGCGUUGCCCCGCAGGCGGUGCGGCGACCUGUCCGCUCUUGCAUCCAGCGCAGCGCGACUUGUUCAAGUUCGACCAACACUCGCUGUGUCUGAAGCCAGCCUACAUGCGCGAGGCGGUCGCGCUGGGCUGGGUGCCCCGCGCCGCGCGCCCCUUGGACGCAGGCGCCCGGAGACCUGUGGAUCCCAAAGGCGCGCGCACAGCUGAGGACCGACGCGGCCGCAGAGCCGCAGAGAGCGCCCGCGGAGACCGAGCGCCGGCGCAGGCCGAGGAGCGGCGGCGGUCAGCGCGAGAGGACAACGCGAGCGACGAGAGAAAGGAAGAGCGAGAGGAACGGAGAGAACCAAUUCAGAGAUCUGCUUCUCAACAACGCGCGCUGGACGGAUACUUCAAAUCGCAGACCCAAGAAUUCCUCAAUGCAGAGUCCUACAUGGAAGGGUGGUGCAAGAAGGAACUCAUCGAGUAUUUUUACGACGAAUAUCUCAGUCAAAACAUGUCCAAGGAGGACGCCCUUGCUUCCGCUACAGCCUACGUCGAGCGGCCCGAGGAGUAUGGCUUGCGGAGGACCACGGCGGAGUGAGGCCAGGACUCUUCAGGAUGCAGAGGCGUCCAGACUGUCUUCUUCCCAGCUCUUCCAGCUUCUUCUUCCUCGCCGCCGACUUCCUCUGUUCCGUGAAGGGUCUCCGUGGGGGAGCGCGAGGAAGACGGCGGCUCUGCUGCGCGUCGGGCGUGGAGACACCGCAGAGCGCGGCAGAGACACGAACAGAGGAAGAGGAGGAGGAAAGGAAACACUGCGGACCCCGUGACAGACUGACGGUUUCUUCGACUGCUUUCCUGGUCGAGGACUGACUCAGAAGAAGGAAACGUGGAGAGGAUGCAGGCUGCGUAAAGAGAUAAAGAACGCUUUCGGCUGAGAGCGACGCCUGACGAAGCGCGCAUACAGGUGGAAACCUGCGCAGCUGUUUGUGUCUCUUUCCUUUCCUGUGCGCACAAACUGAUCUCAGUUUCCGGCCACUCUCGCCCAAAUUCGUCUGAAAUGGCUCGAGGCGAGAAACGUCUCUUCAGGUCCAAUUGUUGGCUUGACCUCUGCGAAUCUAGAGAGAGCACCUACAAUGGGCUGUACGUACACUGGUCGUAUGUACACGUAGAGGGCUUCAAGGUUUUUGUGACGUUGAAAGGACUUUUCUGCGACGUUUACGAUUUGUCCAAGACUGGCGAGAACCAGUCCUUUCAGAGACGCGAAGACUCCAAAAGUUUCCUGUCUCGUGUACAUACACCUCGUUUUUCCUAAGGAGGUAGCCGGGGUGUCGGCUGUUCGUGCCGAAUCGCCAGUUUCUCGCACACACUCGACCUCUCCCGUUCCUCGUUUCCCUCACUGUUUCUCUUUUUCCACCUCUCAGGCGCGUCUGUGGGCGAAAAUGAGAGAUGGACUCUCCGUCUC